CGGCCUCAGAUCUCGGAAUGAGCUCGAGGAGCCUCCUAAAAAUUGUCAGAGUGAAGCUAAGACUUUGGAGUUACAAGAUCAGCCGCUCAUAUUUCCUUAGCAAUCGAAUGAAGCAUAAGAGACUUCAAAAAUGUCGAAGGAUUAAACGCCUGGUCGCAGCUGGUCGCCAUAACAGAGUGAUGACUAUAAAAAUUAAUGCUACAGUCUAA